AUGACAAGUUACGAACCUGGGAGCUGGCCUGGAAGUCGGAAGCCAAACUUUUCGCCGAUUUCGAACCUUUCCUGCCUGGGGAGCAUGACAACAGUGGAGAACACAUCGCCAAGAGAAUGGCCUCGCAGGAUCGUACGAUGCGAUCCCCUGUCGACAGUGACCCUGUAUCCUAGGAUGACAUCGAGCCAGAAGCCGAGCACACGAGUGAACCAAAUAGUGAGGAAUUUGACGAUUAGACGAAUGAUGGCAUCAUUGAGGUUGGAGGUGAAGACGUCGGUGGACCGAACAGCGGAGAUGUCGAAGAUUUCGAGCAGGAGGGCGGCAGGCCUAAUGGUGAGGGAAACGCUGAGCCCGAGGAUGAGGACGGUGAGGGAAUCGAUGAUGUUGAGUAAGGACGACCGUGAAGAUAUCAGUGAAGAUAUCAGUGAAGAUAUCAGUGAGGUUGAGACGACAUUGAGCCGCCAGACGAAAGCGCCGCUCAUUCAAGACUCCUUCUCCGAGGUGGGAAGUGACGCUGAAGAUGGUGGAUCGAAUGUCGUCAAGAGAGAACCUUCUGUCGAGGAGGACGAUGAAGAAGACAUUGGCGAUUACAAAGCCCUCGUACUACGUCGAAACGGCACCAUCGAGUUCAUCGCCAUCCCCGAUGCCCUCAAUCAAUACGAGAACGCCUGGUGGACAGACAUGAGAGCUGCUGUCAAUCACCGCAAUAAGAAGCACCCAAGCUUCAAGACAUACCCAGCGCAGUGGAGGAAAAUCGGCGGCUGCAUCAUGGAACGUCUCAAGCAAUGCAAGACCUUCUUCACUUUCGAAGAUGAAGAAGAGUCUUGCUGUCGCGUAUGCUUCAAUUUUCGCAGGCUUUGCUUUCGAUACAACCCAGCAUCGGACAAAUUAUGCGUCGUACCGCUGCCAAAGGAGUUGCGAAAGGGCAUCAAGCCCAACGAUCGAGCCUAUUGGAUCCUUCCCGGAACGGGAUACAGAAGGAGUACGGCCAGAUUGGGAAGUAGGAUGCAUGCGAUACGGAGUAUUAUGAGAACGGACAAGCAUUUGUGGCGGAGUGGGUGGGAUUCGGUCGUUUCAGUUGUUGCUCCCAGAAGAGGAGAGAAGCUGCACAUAUCUGACCUGGAACAUUGCUACCGUUUCUCUCAUCUCUCGUCGCUCCAGCCAAAUAUGUUGGGUCGCAUUUGCGCCUGGCAGCCAGCAUCGAGAAGCAGACUCAUGAUCUUCAUGGCCUACAAACCCGUGUAUGAAGCAUCAUCUGUCAUCGAAGAUUUGUAG